AUGUCGAAAGCUUCGAUCUUCUUUGCCGCGCUUUUCGUGUUGUGUUGCUGCUGCUCAACAAUAUCAGCGUACGUAGCUUACAAAGACCCGAAACAGCCCAUACACAGACGAGUCGAGGACCUGUUGAGCCGAAUGAGCUUGGAGGAGAAAAUCGGUCAGAUGGUUCAAAUCGAACAAAACGUGGCUUCGCCUUACGUGAUGCAAAGGUAUCUCAUAGGCAGCGUGUUGAGUGGCGGAGGCAAUGGCCCCGCGCCAAAGGCUUCACCAGAGUCGUGGGUCAACAUGGUCAACCGUUUUCAACUGGGCUCGUUGUCUACACGUCUCGGGAUACCUAUGAUAUACGGUUCGGAUGCAGUUCACGGGAAUAAUAACGCAUACAACGCUACGAUAUUUCCUCACAACAUCGGCUUAGGUGCCACGAGAGACCCGGAAUUGGUGAAGAGAAUCGGAGCUGCAACGGCUCGUGAAGUUAGAGCUACCGGAAUUAAUUACGCGUUUGCUCCGUGUGUUGCGGUUUGCCGAGAUCCGAGAUGGGGCCGUUGUUUCGAGAGCUAUAGUGAGAAUCCAUCCGUAGUUCGAUCGAUGACCGAGAUUAUCCCGGGACUACAAGGAGACGUGCCGAAAUACUACCCAAAGGGCGUUCCUUAUAUUUCCGGGCAAGACAAAGUCGCGGCGUGUGCCAAGCACUUUGUCGGGGAUGGCGGGACGAGCAGGGGAAUAAACGAGGCCAACACAGUGGGAACUGUUCGUCAGCUGCUCAACAUCCACAUGCCGGCUUACGUAGACUCGGUUUCAAAAGGCGUAUCGACAGUCAUGGUCUCGUAUUCGAGCUGGAACGGGAACAAGAUGCAUGCAAAUCGAGCCCUAAUCACCGGAUAUCUCAAGAACACACUCGGUUUCAAAGGGUUUGUUAUCUCUGAUUGGCAGGGCAUCGACAAAAUCACGUCCCCACCACACGCGAACUAUGUUAAUUCAAUCCGAGUCGGAAUCAACGCUGGAAUCGACAUGGUUAUGGUUCCAUACAACUAUAGGGAGUUCAUCAAUGGCUUGACCUAUUUGGUCAAGAAUAGGCUCGUCCCAAUUAGCCGCAUAGAUGAUGCCGUGAGGAGGAUCUUACGAGUUAAAUUCAUGAUGGGUCUGUUCGAACACCCGUUGGCCGAUUAUCGCAUGGCCAAGCAUUUAGGCAGCAAGGAAAAUCGAGAGCUCGCGCGUGAGGCCGUGCGAAAAUCGCUUGUCCUCCUAAAAAAUGAGAAAUCGACAUACGAGCGGCCCUUACUACCCCUCCCCAAGAGGGCUCCGAAAAUCCUCGUGGCCGGGACCCAUGCGAACGACAUUGGAAACCAAUGUGGCGGAUGGACGAUCGAGUGGCACGGCAAGAGCGGCAACAUUACAGCCGGGACAACCAUCCUCUCCGCAAUUCAAAAAACGGUCGACCCAAAAACCGAGGUCGUGUUCGAAGAAAACCCGAGCCCCGAGCGUGUGAGCACGGGCGGCUAUUCGUACGCGGUCGUGGUCGUUGGCGAGCGCCCCUAUUCCGAGUCGGUCGGGGACAAUGCCGACCUAAUGUUGCCCAAACCAGGCCCCGAGGUUAUCGAGAACGUGUGUCGUUCGGUUAAGUGUGUCGUGGUUUUGGUUACGGGUCGACCCGUUUUGAUCCAACCGUACUUGGCCCAUAUUGAUGCCCUGGUUGCCGCAUGGCUGCCAGGGUCCGAGGGCCAAGGGGUGCCCGACGUUUUGUUUGGAGAUUACGGUUUUGUCGGGAAGCUGCCGAUCACGUGGUUCAAGACGGUCGACCAGUUGCCGAUGAACGCCGGUGACCCGCAUUACGACCCGCUUUACCCGUUCGGGUUUGGGCUUAGUACACGGCCAUUUAAGGGCAACUAA